AUGGUAGUGGACUUGCAAGUGGUUUUGGGUUAUGAUAAUGUGAUGGUAGUAAAUCCGAUUGGUCUGUCUGGAGGAUUAGCUUUGAUGUGGAGGCGAGAGGUUGCUGUGGAGGUCAAGUUUGCAGAUAAAAACAUUAUAGAUUGUUGGAUAAGGCAUCGGGGUCAGGCUCUUUAUGUGACUUUUAUCUAUGGUGAACCUAGUCAGCAAGGGAAAAAAGAAGUCUGGGAGAGAGUGAUGCGAUUGGGAGUAGGGAGAAAAGAGUGUUGGUGUAUGGUAGGAGACUUCAACGAUAUCUUACACAAUGGAGAAAAGAUAGGAGGGCCAAGACGUGGUGAGGCCUCUUUUGUUGAUUUUGUGGAGAUGCUAGAUGUAUGUGAAAUGAAAGAACUCAUGGGCUAUGGGGAUAGUUUCACGUGGGCGGGUGUGAGGUAUCAGAAGUAUAUUCAGUGCAAGCUUGACCAUUGCUUUGGAAAUAAACAAUGGAGAUCGAAGUUUGCCUCCUCUUCACAAACGUUUAUGGAGAGAUUAGGCUCUGACCACAGACCUGUUAUGGUCAACACUUGCUGGGAGAGAGCUAGGAAAGGGUGUGCUUUCCGUUUUGAUAAAAGGAUGGUGGGUAAAAACAGAGUGGAGGAGACUAUAAACGCCUCAUGGAGAAGAGCUAGAGGAGAUAAGAAACUGCCGAUAUUGGAAUGUCUAGGAGAGGUGAGGAAGGAUUUGGGUAAAUGGAAAAGAGACGAUAAUCAAAAUUCCAAUGAAAGAUUACAGUCGCUUAGAAAUGAGCUUGAGUUACAAAUGUCUUCUCUAGUACCUUGCUGGGAACGAGUGGGUGAGUUGAAAGCGGAGAUUGGGAGAGCUUUCAAGGAAGAAGAAGACUAUUGGCUUCAGAAGAGUAGAGACAAGUGGCUUGUAGUGGGAGACAAUAACACUAGCUUCUUUCAUGCUUCUGUUAAAGCAAAUAGACAGAGAAACCAGCUGUUAAAGCUGGUAGAUGACAAUGGCAGAGAGGCGUCAUCGGUUCAUCAAAUGGGUGAGAUUGCAUCAGAGUACUUUAAUAAACUGUUUGCAUCGUCGGGAGCGAGUAACCUGGCUGCUUUCUUUACUGGUUUAACACCAAGAGUAACAGAGAGCAUGAAUCAGAAGUUGAUAAAAGAGAUCAGUACAGAGGAGAUUAGAGAUGCUGUUUUCUCGAUCAAAGCCUCAAGUGCGCCGGGGAGUGACGGUAUGAAUGGUCUAUUUUUUCAGGAGUAUUGGGAGAUAGUGGGAGCUGAAGUUGCCAAGGAGAUUCGUGAAUUCUUUAGAACCGGUUCCUUUCCUCUGGCUUGGAACUUUACACAGAUUUGUUUGAUUCCAAAGAUCCCCAACCCAACGAAGAUGGUAGACUUGCGACCUAUAAGUUUAUGUUCAGUUUUGUACAAGAUUGUGGCGAAGGUGUUAGUUACUCGACUGAAGCCUCUGCUGGAGCAUAUUGUGUCCCCUACACAAUCAGCUUUUGUCCCGGAGAGACUGAUUUCUGACAACAUCAUCAUUGCCCAUGAAAUGGUGCAUGGACUGCGGACUCAUGAGAAGAUAUCCAAUGAGUUUAUGGCUAUCAAAACUGAUAUGUCUAAAGCUUAUGAUAGGAUUGAGUGGAAUUAUUUGGAAGGACUACUUGGUGUUCUUGGGUUCCAUGAGACGUUUAGAGGUUGGAUUAUGCACUGUGUUAAAUCUGUGUCCUAUACUGUUCUGAUUAAUGGAGAAGAACAAGGGAGAAUAGUGCCUAGUAGAGGGUUGCGGCAGGGUGAUCCUUUGUCCCCGUUCUUGUUUGAUUUGUGUACCGAGGGACUUUCUCAUCGCCUAAAUGAAGCUGAGAGGUGUGGAGAGAUUACUGGUAUAAAGUUCUCGGAUGAUGGCCCUGCGAUUCAUCAUCUCUUCUUUGCAGAUGAUUCACUCCUGUUACUAAAGGCAAAUGAAGAGGAAACCACGGCAGUGUGCAAGAUAUUGAAAGCUUAUGAAGAAGUUUCUGGCCAAAUGAUCAGUUUCGCUAAGUCUGCUAUUACUUUUGGUAGCAAAGUUUCUGUGGAGAUGAAGUGCAAGAUAAAAGAGAUCUCAAAUAUUACCAAUGAGGGAGGAACCGGUAAGUAUUUGGGACUGCCAGAGUGUUUUAGUGGCUCCAAGGUGGAGAUGUUGCAGUACAUUCAGGAGAAGAUGACGUCUCGGUUCCGUGGUUGGUACGCUUUCUUCUUAUCAACUGGUGGCAAGGAGGUGUUGCUGAAAUCAGUUGCAAUGGCUAUGCCAGUCUAUGCAAUGUCGGUCUUUAAGCUUCCAAAGACAACAUGUAAGAACCUGACUCGUGCAACGGCAAACUUUUGGUGGAAUGCUCAAGAAGGGAUAAACAAAAUGCAUUGGGUUUCAUGGGAGAGGAUGUGUCUUGAUAAGGAGGAUGGGGGUUUAGGUUUCAAAGACAUUGAGAAAUUUAACCAAGCCCUAUUAGCUAAACAAGGAUGGAGGCUGUUGAUGGAUACAGAGUCUCUGUGCGCAAGAGUUCUACGGAGUAGAUAUUACCCAAUGGGAGAGUUCUUGGAUGCUAAGCUGGGAUCAAGACCGUCUUAUGCGUGGCGGAGUAUACUUUUUGGGCGCGAGCUCUUGGUCAAGGGGAUCAGACAUAACGUCGGAACAGGAGAGACAAUUAAGGUUUGGACGGAGAAGUGGUUGUUUGAUACAGAACCUGUAGCUCCAAUGAGGAAACAAACUCGUUUUGAUGUAAACUUAAGAGUCUGUGAUCUCAUUGAUCCACAAACACGAACUUGGGAUAGAGGGAAGUUGGAGGAGGUUUUCUUCCCUUGUGAUAUUGAGAAAGUUCUGAAACUGAAGCCAGCUUGGGGGAAGGAGGAUUCUUACGAAUGGGUACACAAUAAGUGGGGCGCUUUCUCGGUGAAAACAGGUUAUAGGCUGGCCUGUUCUCUUGACAAGACUGCAGUGAGGACAGAGGCUCAAAAUAAGCCGUCUUUGAAUGGUCUGAGAAGCAAGGUGUGGAAGGUGGAUACUGCUCCGAAGAUAAAAAAUUUUAUGUGGAAGGCUUUGUCUAAUGCACUUGGUGUUGCUGAAGAAUGUCUGGCUAGAAGAAUGAAGGUAGAUCCGAGGUGUCAAAAAUGUGGGGAAGAAGGUGAAUCUAUUAAUCAUGUACUAUUCACUUGUCCAGCUGCUCGUGUGGUCUGGGCGAAUUCGGGUGUGCCUUUCCCUCCAAGGAGUUUUAAAAAUCGGUCCUUAUAUGAGAACUUUAGCUAUCUUAUGGCUGUGGGUCAAGACAAGCGAAUACCGAAGGAGGUUGGUAGGGUGUUUCCUUGGAUUUUGUGGAUGUUAUGGAAGAACAAAAAUGCAUUCACGUUUGAGGGGAAGGAUUAUGAGGCAGAAGAGACAGUGUUAAAAUGCAGAGAGGAAGCGAGAAGAUGGUUUGAGACUCAAGAAAUCUCAAAGAAAGAGGUGAGUGAGAAGGCAAUUAAGGCUCGUAAAAAUGUGGUGUGGAAGGCGCCGGGUGUUGGACGGGUAAAAUGCAACAUUGGUUUGUCUUGGAUUAAGAAGACGCAGGUGGCCGGUGCUAGCUGGAUUGUUAGAAGCAGUGGAGGUGUUACGCUGCUUCAUAGCAGGAGAGCUUUCAGCGGGGUCUCGUCGCUCAUAGAAGCGAGGCGCUUGAUGGAAGAUUCAGAUCUUAUUAUGGCUGUGAAUAAACCAAGAGAAUGUCCGGCUUUUCGAGCUCAUGGUGUUGAGAUAAGAGAAGUUAUGAGUCAGAUUGCUGAAUGGGAGUGUAACAAAGGAACAAAGAUGGCAGUCUUAUGUGGCACAGGGGGAUCCUUGUUGGCUGAGAAGGUUACUUGCAGAAGAAGGUUUAAGAUCAUAAGGGUGGUAUGUGGACGAGUUUUCUUGAACAGAGCGACUUUGGUGUACUCGUUUUGGAGGUUCUUCGUCUGGUGGUGA